AUGAUUAAUGAUCAAAAAUUCAUAUGGGAUGAUUUUUAUAAAAGUGUUGUUCCAUUGGGGACUGAUAAACAAGAUAAAAUUAAAAGUCAAAAAACAAAUAAGACUAUUUUAAAAAAAUCAAAGCUAUAUUGUCCCCAUGGUUAUUUAAUUUUAAAUAUUUCAGAUACUUUAAAUCCAGAAGAAAAGAUACGUUUUCGUAAAUGUUAUCAACGUAAAAUUAAAAUACCAGAUAUAAUAAUUUUAAAAGACAUUAAAAAUUUAGUAUUAUUUUUAAUAAAAACACCAAUUAAUAAAGAAUUUGUAAAAUUUUUUCAUUUAAAUAUUGUUGAUCGUUUUUUAAGAUGUCUUAUUAUGUAUUUUCAAUUAUAUAUUGACAUAUGGAAUGAGCAUUUUAAUAAUAAAUUAAAAAUUAAAAAAUUACAAAAUCCAUUUGCUGGUGGUAAACGUAUAACACAUUGUAAUGAAUUAAAAAUAUUAAGAUGUAUUUUAGCUAAAGAAUAUUGUGAUAUUAUAACUGGUUGUGAUGAAAGUAUUAAUUUUCAUCAUAUGAAAACAUCAUAUGGUAAAAUUAUAUUAUCAGUACAAUCACAAGGUGAAAAAGAUUUACGUUUAUAUGAAAUUUUACUAAGUAUUUCUCAUAGAAUUGUAUGGAUUGCAUUGAAACGACAAAAUUUUAAUUUAAUUGAAAUUGAAAUUCAUCGUUUAUUUUGUACUGAUUCUUAUAAUUCAGCUAAACGUAAAUAUGGUGAUGUUAUUUAUCAAAAUAUUCAAAAUGAUGAUAUUGAAAUUUUACAUGGUAAACAAAUUGAUAAUAAAAAUAAAUUAUUAAAAAAUUCAACGCUACCAAAAUUGAUAAUUAAUGAUGCUGAUGAUUAUAGAAUAUUAUCUUUAGGAAUAAUUGAUGCUGAGUUUAAGGAUCCUCGUAUUGUUUAUUUAAAAAAUUGUCUUUUGGCCAAGGAAGAGUCAUUACAAAGUAUGAAUAUUAAUAUUGGAAUACUUGGUCAUCCAAGAUCUAAUUAUGACAUAAUGCUUUGUCCAAUUGGUUUGUCUAGCCACUCCAAUAAAGAUGAUGAUGAUGAAGAUGAUAAAGAUGACAAUUGGCAAACAAGAAAAAGUUCAACAAAUGAAAAUAUUAAAAAAGCAAGUAUUAUCGAAGAUAAAUUUACAAAUAUGCCAGAGUAUAGCUCAGAUACAGAAAUUAUAGAUAAAUUUCCAGUGAAAAUAAUAAAUAAUAAUUCAUAAUAAAGAGGGUAGCAAAAAAUAAUCACUACAAAAGAAAGAAAAAAAUUGUAAAAAAUAUUAUACUUAUUGUAAUUAUUACUAAUUGAAAAAUAAUAAUAAUAAUAUGAUACAAAUUGAAUUUUAGUAUUAACUAAUAUUACCACCUAAAAACCAAGUAGAGGUUUAUUUUAUUUUUUUUUUUUACUUUUUUUUUGACUCAACAAUUAUAAGUCAUUUUGAAUUCUAUUUGAAAACAUUGGCUUCGUAGACUUUUAUCUCAGUCAUUAUUUUUUUUUUUUCUAUAGAAAAGUUGUACUUUUCUUCACACACAAUCACACAUCCAAUCACAUCAACGAUUUUUAAAAUACAACUAUUAUUUAUUGUUUUUUUUUCUUUUUGCUUUUUUUUAGCAGA